GUCACUCUCCUCAAGUAGCUGUUCUCUUUUCUAGCAUAGCUUCCCAUAAAAUUUAUUCUUCAUAUUUUCUUGAUUCAUUUGAUUUUCUACAAUGACGGGUGUCCUUACCGACACAUCUUCUCACCGGUCAAGAGUUGCCAGGUCAGACAAGUGCUACACACCACAGUCCUCGCACCUGUGACAACUGGCAUCCCAUUGCCAGACUUUCCCCCUCCAAUAUACGCACUUUGUCCAAUAACUGACGACCAUCAUCUACCGAAAUUAACACUCAUCCAUACAACAGCCGCAGAGAUGAUUCUCUCGGCUACGCACCUCGCCCCAGAUUCGGCAGAGCUUGCAGCGGCGGAAUGCCUGCCGGGUACUCCACGCCGACUGCCUAUCGCGCUUCUGGCAAAUCAAACUCAAAAGGAUGUCCAUCUACAAUACCAAGAAGGCAACCUAUCUUGCAAUUUAAGCAGACAACGUGACCUCGCCGCAAUGCGACCAUCAUCUCAGUCGUCCUAUCAGCGUCCGUUCCGCCAUUUCCGGGUUAGUCCUCGCCUUGUGCGCCCCCCUCCGGGGAACCAUCCCGGCGGGGAAAGCCUCCGCCAGGCUGUGGCGAAGGCGAACAUGUCCUCGGAACAAAGACCCUAUCCAAUGUCUACCGGUCAAACCUGGUGCUAAAUCCUUCGAAAAUAUCGUGUCGUUAGCAAACAAUCGGUGUUGAUCCCGAAGUUUGCUAAUUGCGUCAUUGUCACCGACUUUGGGAAUCCGGUUGCCUUGGUUAUAAGUGGCUGCCUUGCCCUCACUCCUCAGAGCCUUCUCGGAUCAAAACUUCAACCAUAUUUGCAAUUCUCAUUGUCUACACGAUCAAAACUGAUUAUCCGCAUUCGACAUGGUAUCCAGUACUUCCCCUCCCAAGCAAGGGGAUACAGAAACCUCUCCUCUUCUGCAGAGCACUGCCAGUGCUGCACAAGAUGUGGAGGCAACACCUGACCCCGCGCCGCCCUCCUUGGAAGGCAAUCUAGAAAUGUAUAAGAAGCUUCACCUUCUUAUGCCUGCUGUUGCAAUUGGAAUCCUAUUGUCUGCGCUGGAUUUCCUUAUCCCUGUCGCCGCUGCUGCAAAGAUUGGGAGCGACCUUAAUGCCUUGAACAGCAUAUCAUGGGUUGCCAAUUCGUACUUCAUCACCCUAACCAGCUGCCAGCCGUUGUACGGCAAGCUUAGCGACAUCUUUGGCCGCAAGCAAGCUCUACUCUUUGCAUACACUGUUUUUGCUAUUGGCUGUAUCUGCUGUGGUCUCUCCCAGGAUAUGCUUCAGCUAUGUCUCGCGCGGGCCUUCACAGGAAUUGGCGGUGGCGGUAUGACAACUGUUGUUGCUAUCUUGUUGUCCGAUAUCGUUCCGCUUCGAGAACGCGGUGAGUGGCAGGGAUACAUGAAUUUCAUCUACGCUACCGGCACCUCCUCUGGAGCACCAUUGGGAGGCUUUCUCGCAGACUCCAUCGGCUGGAGAUGGUCAUUCAUUGCCCAGGCUCCUCUCUGCGCCAUUGCCUUUGUUGCUGUGUACUUCGUCCUCGAUAUUCCCAAGAAAAAUGAUGGGCAUUGGCAAGAAAAGAUAAAGCGCGUCGACUUCCUCGGCGCCUUGACUCUUGUACUGGCUGUUGUGGCACUGCUUCUCGGUCUUGACAACGGUUCCAACAUUGGAUGGACGGAGCUUCGAGCAAUUCUGCCCCUCAUCCUUGCACCCUGUCUAUUCAUCGCUUUCAUUCUAGUCGAAAUCUGGUGUGCGACGAACCCUUUUGCCCCCGGGCACGUCAUCUUUGACAGAAAUCUUUUCCCAUGCUUCGUCAUCAACUUCUUUGGCAUGGGUAGUCACUUUGGUACCCUUUUCUUUGCACCGCUGUUUCUUCAGGCAGUCAACGGCUGGGAUGCCACCAGCAGCGGCUCUAUUCUAGUUCCGUCCCUUGCAAUCAGUGUGACUGCGUCUGUUGGCUCCGGUGCGAUCCUCAAACGAACUGACAAAUUUCGCACACUUGCCAUCUGCAGUUAUAUGCUAGCUCCUCCUGGAGUGGCAUUGAUCAUUGUCGGUAUGGCGUUAAAGUCUCCUUGGCUCCUUGGAAUUGGGCUGGCUAUUCCCACUAUUGGUGUUUCUGCCGGAACUGUUACAAGCCUGGUCGGUAUGCUGGCCCAUGCAGCACUUGAAGACACUGCGGUUGUUGUCGCAACCUCCUACCUCUUCCGCGCUCUUGGCUCCAGUCUAAUGGUAGGGCUGAGCUCGGCCGUUCUACAGCAGACUUUGCGAACAGGGUUGAGCCGUAGACUACCUGGUGAUGCCGUGGACGAAAUUGAAGAAAAGGUUCGUCAAAACCUGGACUACAUCAACACUCUACCCAAGACCCUCGCCGAUAUUGUUCGGUCUAGCUAUCAACUUGCUUCUAUGCAUGCCAUGGUACCUUGCUUCAUCUUUGGAUUGGCUGCCUUUGUGAUCACUUUUUGGGUUAGAGAUAAGGCACUAAAGCGAUAAUCUGAGUUUCUAAAUAAGACAUCUAUUUCGUAAUAUGUACAAGUCAACUAAAAGGCACAGAUGGGUAAUAUGAAGCAAUAGGCGUAAACGGAUUCAAAGUCCUUUAGACUUGGAGAUUGAUUCCAUGCCAAAAAGCUGCCCAGACGUAGAACCUAGCGGUACAUCAUCCUUAAUCUCAUCACUUGGAUCGCCAAAUAAAAACGAGUUCUUUUCGCGGCUGGCAUGAUUGGAUCGCCUGUUUUUGUUGGGGAACGAAGGAGAUUUGGCUGAUCCAGUGGGAGACAGUGGCGACGUGGACUCAUCUGGCUCAAGCAUCCAUGAAAAUGACGACUGUGCCAGAGUUGAUCUCGUAGGAAUAUCCAUAGAUACUGGCUUGGGGACGUCUUUGUUAUCCUCUUUCGAAUCUGAGGCGACAGUGGCUGGCGAAGCGUUCUUUGCAGCAUUCACAGACGGUUUAACCUCUCCUUCUAGAUUUAAGUUUUCCUUCUCCAGCGGGUUUGCCAACCUUUCCACUUCUUUAGUCCUAACUUGGGCCUUUGGUUGUUGGGGCUGGGAACUUUGCACAGGCUCAGUUGAUGCUACUGGUGCUGGUGCCGGGGGUAGUGGUUUUUGGCCUUCCACCUUGGUUGAGGGUUUCUUGGCUUCCGAAGUCUUGGGUGUUGCUUCUUUCGGUAUCUCCUUUUGUUCAACGCUGUUAUCGUAGCUCGGAACCUCCAUGGUCGAAUCUUGAAGAUAGAUCUGAACAAAUUGUGCCUUUGCAGCUGCAAUUUCAAUUAGCUCAAGGCUUUUUGCUUUGUCCUCAAGCCCAGAUUCAGAGGCUGCUUUUAAGCUAGCAACUGUUUCUUCAAGUAUACUGGCCAGCUGCUUAUUGCGUAUUUCCAGUAGUGCAACAGCUUUAGCAGCAUCAUUGCUGGUCCUGUUCAAUGCGGAAUUGACUCGGGUCUCAUUGAGGUUUUGCAUAUUGCGUCGAAGCUCGCCAACAGCAUCACGGACAGCUUGAUUUAGACCUAAUUUCUCACUCCGCUCAAGGACCUCCUUGGCCGCGCCUUGCAAGAAGUUUUCAACGCUUCCUUGCUGCUGUUGGAUAAACUUUGUUGGCGAUGGUAGUGAUGCCUUGAGCUUUGCUGCUCUUUGUCGUUGUAAGUGUGCGUUCGUUAGGCUGCUGGGUGCAACACUGCUUGUAACUGAACCAGGUUCAGCUGGCGGUUUGCCACUGUAUUUGAUGAUGAGAUCGCGACCGCCCUUCACCGUCAUAUGUUCCUUCAAAUAUAUAGCGUCAUCUACAAAUGUGUGUGGCCCAUGUUCUCCGCUUGGAAUAGGAUAUUUGAGCAAGGUUUGCAAACACACAGAGUAGUCUCCUUCGAGAA